AUACCGAAUAAAAAAAAAUGACAGCGUAGGGAAUUGGGGGCUGUCGCAUUUGUAAACGGUAAACCCUAAAAUCUAAAUCAAAUGCCGCCCUCCACCUCGUCUAGACGUUCCUCUGUUCGACUGUUCCUCUCCAUCCCGCCGAGGCAAAAUCCAGCGCCAGCAUCCAGCACGCCACGGCGCCGCGCUCCACCACCACGCCUCGUCUGUCUUCCUCUUCGCCAGCAGCAGUCCAUGCGCCGAAGGUCGGAAGGCGCGCUCAGUAGUCUCUUCGCCAGCAGCAGUCCCCGCGCUCCACCACCGCGCCGCGUCGCCGUGCUCCACCAUCACGCCUCGUCUGUCUUCAUCUUCCCCAGCAGCAGUCCCUGCGCCGAGCCAUGUCUUCUUCUUCUUCUUCUUCUCUUCAUCUUCGGUAUUAAGUCAGUAUACCGGCUCGAAAACGUAAUCUCAAUGCAUUAACCGAUAUUUGGUAUACCAGUAUUAAUACCGGAUACCGACUAUUCGUUAUUCGAUAUACCGGCUAACAUUCGGUAUCGGUAUUCGGUGGUACACUAUCUGGUUCCGGUAUACCGGAUACUGGUUAAUCGGUAUCCGGUAUACCGGAUACCGACCGAUUACCAGCCCUAUGAUUGAUCACCACAAGAUAGAGAUGGAGAGGCUGGUGGAGGAGUUCGACUACGGAGGGACGGAGGAGAAUUGUUUGGACCAAUCUUGAUUAGCGGUGGAGGGACAACUAUUCCCGGCGGCGAAGGUAUUUGGAGAGCAGGUGAUAGGGAUUCGUUAGAAUAAGAUGAAUGAAGAUUAAUGAUUUAA